AUGCGGGCUUUCGGAGUGGGCUGCCAGGCGCAGGCAGCACCACACACGACGCUCAGGGCGCGUCACCUUGCAGAAGCGGCGCACCUGGCAGCAGCGCCGCGGCAGCAGGGCUGCUGGGCACGCCCGCCGCCGCGGCAGCACCGUCGGGACCUGGCGGUGCGCGUGCGGGCAAUAGGGUUUGACCUCCCUGGAGCGGAGCAGAGCAACAAGAGCGCUGAGAAAUCAGCAGAGGAGCUAACCCGGGGGGCGGCCAGCCUGCUGCUGUACAGCCAGGUCCUCAAGGGCAAACCGGCACAGCAGUACGGGGAGAUGUACAGGCAGCUGGCAGCAGACGACUACGCCAGCUGGCAGGACUAUCUGCUGGACCAGGUCAUCAAGGGCUCCGACAACCCGCUGGCCCGCGCCGCCGCCGCCGGCAAGCCCACCGCGCACCUGCACCGCGCCGCCGCUCACGACCUGGAUGUGCUGCAGCAGCUGGCUGUGCUGGAGCGCACGCUGGCCACCUGGGUCAGGGACUCGGCCUACGGAGUGGGGGAGGAGUGGCUCGAGGCCGCCAGCUGCCUGGCGCCGCGGGAAGGGGCCGCGGCCGGCGGCGAGCCGCAGCCGGUGCCGCAGGCGCUGCUGGGCGGCGAGGCGCCGCCGCCGCAGCUGCUGGCGCCGCUGACGGACGCGCAGCGGGCGGGGCUGCGGGCCGAGCUGGCGGGCAAGUGGAAGUGGAGCGAGGGGGUGGAGCUCCUGGUGCGCUACCACGCGGCGCACGGCUGCGGACUGGUCAGCCAGCACGGGGUGCUGACGUGGGUGGACAAGCUGCUGCAGGCGCAGGAUGUCCUAAAAGCCUGGGCCCUGCAGCGCCUGGAGUCGCAGGUCCCCUCCGAGCUGCGCCAGGCCGCCGCGGGCCUGCGCACGCUGGUGCUGCCCGUCAACCAGAUCUCCACGCUUCCAAACCUGGCCUGGUCGCUGAGCCAGCACCCGCGCGCCCGCUUUGCGGUGGUGGUGUCCAGCCUAGAGGGAGGCAUGCCGAUGGGGGACUUGGCGGCCAUGCUGUCGGGCUACGACGGCUUCAGCUGGCCCGCCAAUGCGCUGCUGCUGGCUGGCUUCCCGACCAAGCCGCCCUCCGAGCUGGCGCCGGUCUUCAGGCAUGUGGCCACAAUAGAGGACCGCUUUGCAGCCUGA